AUGCGUAGAAGAAGAAUAGGGGAAGACGUAGAUGAAGUAGAAGAGAAGGAGGAGAAGAAGAACCAGAAAAUCGGAAGAAAAACAAGGGAAGAAGUAGAAGAGGAAAAGAAUCAGAGGACAUACCUUUGGUGUUUGUCCAGAAGAAUCACUAAGGCGAUCGCUCCUUUGCCUAUUCUCGCUUACAUGUUGAUGCCAAAACUUGAUGAUAUGUUGGAGGAUGCGCUUAGUUCUAGAUUUUGUUUUGGUUUAGAAUGGAUGAAGCUUACAAAACUCUUUGUCUCUGUUUCCAGGGAUUUUCGGCAUGAAAAGACAAAGAAGAAGCGUGGUAGCUAUAGAGGUGGGCAGAUUGACCUGCAAUCUCACUCUGUGAAGUUCAAUUAUGAUGACGAUGAUUGA